UUGGCAGACAAAUACUGAGGCGCUUACUGAUUCCAGGUUUAGCCGUGCUGACUGUGUGUGAGGGGGUUCAUCUCCCAUCCUGCCUGUGGCUGCCCUGGUUGCCAGUUAGGGGCAGCAGCAACAGCAGCAGCAGCAGUUCAGAACCACGUUUCGCGGACAGCUCCCAGCGCUGAGCGGUGUUGCGGCUCCAAGGCAAGUUGAUCUGAGAGCGAUCUGCUUUCCGCAGAAUCCCGUGUCCGGCAGAUCGUAACCCGGGGAACCGAGUCAGACGGGGGCAUGUGAGCAGGGGCUUGUCUCCAAACAGAAUUUGAUUUCAUCAGAAGUAUUUUGAAUUUAAACCUGGGGUAAUCAAGUCAAUUAUGGGUGGCUUUGCAGACACCACAUUCCGGACAAUUACAACUGACUUUCUGAACAUGGGUCCAAAUGACGUUCAAUAUGAUGACUCAAAAAGAGGUAUAUCCUCCAAAUCGGACUAUUUUCCUCCAAAACUGUCCUCUCUGAGAGGUGAUCCCUUACGCAAAAUUCCUUUGGAUACUUUGGAUCAAAUAAAUGCAACUGAUUUUUAUAACAAAUCAAUUUUCAAAGACAAUGAAGAAUGUGGGAAAAACUUUAUGGACAUGGAGUGCUUCAUGAUUCUUACCCCAAGUCAACAACUGGUGAUAGCAGCUCUUUCAAUAAUCCUGGGCACAUUCACAGUCUUGGAGAACAUGCUAGUUCUGGUUGUCAUCUUGCAGUCUCGUAGUCUAAGAUGUAGGCCCUCCUACCAUUUCAUUGGCAGCUUGGCAGUAGCUGAUCUGCUUGGCAGUGUAAUUUUUGUCUACAGCUUUGUUGACUUUCAUGUUUUUCAUCGAAAAGACAGCCCUAAUGUUUUUCUAUUCAAACUUGGAGGUGUCACGGCCUCUUUUACAGCCUCUGUUGGCAGUCUUUUCCUAACUGCAAUAGACAGGUACAUAUCCAUACAUAGGCCAUUGUCUUACAAAAGGAUAGUCACAAGGACAAAGGCUGUCAUUGCUUUUUGCAUGAUGUGGACAAUAGCUAUUGUAAUAGCAGUUCUUCCCCUGUUUGGGUGGAACUGCAAGAAAUUGAGAUCUGUUUGCUCUGAUAUUUUUCCUCUAAUCGAUGAAACAUAUCUAAUGUUUUGGAUCGGAGUCACAAGUGUUCUACUGUUAUUUAUUGUGUAUGCAUAUAUGUAUAUAUUGUGGAAAGCUCACACCCAUGCUGUGCGGAUGCUUCAACGUGGCACACAAAAGAGCAUUAUAGUCCACACCUCAGAAGAUGGAAAAGUGCAUAUUACAAGACCGGAUCAGACUCGGAUGGAUAUUAGGUUAGCCAAGACCUUGGUCCUAAUUUUAGUAGUAUUAAUCAUUUGUUGGGGCCCCCUUAUGGCAAUCAUGGUAUAUGACGUAUUUGGGAAGAUUAACAAAACUAUCAAGACAGUGUUUGCGUUCUGCAGUGUCCUUUGCUUACUUAAUUCAACUGUGAAUCCUAUCAUCUAUGCCCUUCGAAGUAAAGACUUGAGAAGUGCUUUCUGCAGCAUGUUCCCAUCAUGCGAGGGGACUGCGCAACCUCUUGACAAUAGCAUGGAGUCUGACUGUCAGAACAGACAUGUAAACAAUAGUAAUGUUCACAGAGCAGCUGAGAGCUGCAUUAAAAGCACCGUUAAGAUUGCCAAAGUUACUAUGUCUGUAUCAACAGACACCUCUGCAGAAGCAGUGUAAGUCUAUACUAAUGGUAAAAGAACCACAUGAACAAGUUGAUUUCCCAAUGAAAUUAGGAAUUUCGCCAUUUAAUAGAUUAAAUGAAACCACUUGGAUUACAAAAUUAAGUAUGUAUGUCAAAAUAUUACUUUAUUAAAGGGUUUCCCAACUCCAGUGCUCAGUGGGCCUCAAAUAAAACUGAUUUAAUAAAACAGAUUUUUCAGCACAUGCCUACCUGAUGGCACAGAUCAGUGUCAGAAAGACUCACGCGCCAACGUUAAAGACAUUUCCUUGUUUUUAUAUAAGGAUACUCUGAGAACCUACACUGCACUACUUGGCAGGAGAACUAGAAUUGAGAAACCCUGCUCAGUGGUAACCCCCAGGCUUAAAGAACACUCAUUUUCUUAAAUAAAAUAUUUUUGAUUAUAUAUAUAGUUUCCUUUAUUUUGAGAGAUGUAUUUAACAAUUAAUAUACAGAUUUACAUUUUUUAAGGAUUGUUCAUAGUCUUUGGAAUCUUAUGUGUGAUCUUUAUAGACUUCUUCUGCCUGGUUACGUAUGUAUUGUUUUUGUUAAAUUAUUAAAAAAAAAAGAAGAAAUGUUAAGGUUUCACUAGAAGCAAUUGCAAUACCUCACAUGUCUAAAAUGAUACCUACUCAUUUCAAAACUGUAAAAAUUAAAGCAAUGCUUCUUUACUGCUAAGCAGAGGGAUUUCAUCAUCUGUAAAGUUAGGGGUGAGUUUGCUAUAUUCAUACAAUGGAGGGGAAAAAAACCUUGACAGGAUAUUGACUUUGUCAUAAGAAUAUAAAAUCAGUUUCAAAAUGGACGAUUUCAGCAAACAAUAUCCCAGCCAGCCGGCAUGGUAACUUAUUUAAUUGUACAAGGUCAUAUCAAUGAAAAUAUCUUACCCAACACAUGAUAGAUAAAGGAGCAAAUAUAUGCCACAUAUGGGUUGAGACAAACUCAUUGACUUCUGCAAAAUGGACAUUGCUGGCACAUAAACUCUGUUUGCAAAGCUACUUAGUAACAGCAAGGUAGCCAUUGUUAUGUAUUUUACUAUAGGUAGGUAGGUUUGACGUCAAUACUACAAUGGUAACUGUAUGUGCUCGAUGCACAGAGUAUCACAUAUAAUCAACAAAAGACGUCUUUUAAUGAGGUUUAAUAUGUGAUUUGUUUGUCAGUCAAUGUAAUGUGCAUGUGUAUAUGUUAGUAGUAAUGACUCUGUAAAUAAAUAGGUCUUAGUGUUAAAAAACAACAAAAAACACUGAUUAGACUUUUUUUUAGCUCUUGUUGCUCUAUUUGCACAUGAAAUCAGUUUCUAAAAUUGAGUUCACUUGGGGUUAAAACAUUACAUUUUUAGAAUUUCUACUGACUAUUCGUUGAGAACAAAGACAAAAUUUAGGUCUGAUUAAAGUUAAAGAUUCCAAAACAGUAAUUUAUAGAGCACAGCACUAUAGUAAAUCUGGUUCAGUUGACAGUCAUUAAGUGCAGGGAGCUGCUACUCAGCCACAUAAGGAGAACCACAGUCUUAAAUGUGUCACUUGAACCAAAAGACCCUUCCAAUAUCAUCUUCCAGCUAAUUUUUUUCUGAUCAAUAGCAGAGGUUGGUGGCAGUCAGUAAUAUUAAACAGCAUCGGAACUGUUCAUGCUAAGUCAGGUAAUUUGUCGCUUCACUAUUUACAGUGUUUGCCAUUUGCGAAUUUGGCUGAAUCACAUUUGGAGAGAUGCUGCUCUGUGAUAUCCGCUCUGUAAGCCUGGCCAACAAAGUGGCUCUGGGUGCAGUCACAGGAGAAGGCUAAUGCCAACAGAGGGGCUGAUUCCCAGUCUGUGCUUAUCCAUAGGCUGUGAAUAAGCCCCAUGUCACAUUACUUUUGAGUAUUUUCAGUGAUUUUAUUCUGCAGAAAUAGCAAGAUAAUAUCCAUUAAUAUGAUGAAAAGGUUAAAUACAGUACAUAGCACAUAAAAUAAAAUAUUAACUAUAAAAAAUAGCUUUCAUGUUUAUUAAGCCAGUUGUACUACUGAUACCUUUAUUACUAAAAACAGCAAUAUUUUGCAAUAAAUCAUACUCAAACAUGAAAUUAAAAUGAAAAAACUUCCCCUGAGUAUGAUAAUAUGUGUCAAGCAAAGACUGUGUAUCUAUGUAGGCUGUUAAAAACUUACUGUAAUAGCUGCAGAGUCACAUGGGAAAGAUGAAGAAAGGCAGCAGACAUGUGCAGUAGCUUUAGAAGCUCCUACUGCCAGUACUUAGCGUUACACAGAGCUUUAACAUGCUGACACAGGCUUGUGCCAAAAGGGGUUUGUGACUCACUCCCCUGGUGCCUCCACUAACUCCUGCCAUAUAAAAAAACCCACUAUCUUCAGAGGUAAUUUUCUAUGAAUCAGUAGACAUUUUCCCGAAGAGAUAUAUUACAUAUUUUAUUAGAAUGACCUAAUCUGCUAAAAUAGCUUAAUUUAUGUGAAGGUAGACCACCCCUUUAAGUUACUAGGUCCCAAAAAAACAUUCUGUAGGGCAAAUUAGCUGGGACUGAUGAUGUUGGUAAUAUGCAGCCUAAAUUCUAUACCAUAUGUUCCCUGCAGUACUAGAUGUAGGAGAUGAUGUCCACAUAACCCCAAGAGACCAACACACUGUGGUAAGCCACAUUGUGCAUACUAUUCUUAUGGACAACCUCUUAUUGAUUAAUUGCAGCUUAGUUUCAGCUAUUAUCUCCUGUACAUCUGAUUCUUAAAAGAAAACAAAAUCCUAAAGAACGUCUGCACCACCCCACUGCCAACAAAGAGGCUUGUGAUGCCCUCCUGUCUCCUUUCCCAUGAAUCUCAGCCUUCACCAAUAUCUCACAGAGCUGCCUUUGGUCUAAAGUUGUAGAUCAAUAUUUGCUAAGAAGCCAUAGAUUCCUUUACUGUAUCUGAUAAGUGAUGUAAAAGAAUCCCCCCACUGUUCCUUCUCCUUGAUAUCAUUUUGUUUGUAGUUAAGUUGGAAUUAAACAAACUUCUUAUGGUAGUGUGCAAAGUGAUCUAGUUGGAGAACAUAACCUUCUCUUAGUUAUUGGCCUUAGGGUAAGCCAUAACAAGCACUUGCUCCAUGACAUGGAGUACAGAACCUUGCCACAAUCUGGAUGGUAUGGGACAGUGAUUCCCAACCAGUGGUUCAUGAGAAACAUGUUGCUUACCAACCCCUUUGAUGUUUCUCCCAGUGGCCUCAAAGUAGGUGCCCAUUUCUAAAUCUCUGGCUUUGAGGCAAGUUUAAGAACCACAGAGACACAGUUUUACUCCCAGCAGAGGCUCCUGUAGGCUAGCAGUCAACAUGGGGCUACCAAAUAGCCAAUCACAGCCCUUAUUUGGCAUCCCCAAAAAACUUUUUUCAGGCUUGUGUGGCUCAUCAACACUUUUUGCCAGUACCCUAAGCUAAUUUGCGAAUUAUUGCUAUGGGUUGCUCCACUUGUACACUUGAAUUAAAUAGUACAUGAGAUCAAGGGAUAAAAAAGCUGUGGCCUUCUAGUUGUUGUGAGUGCAGCUCCCAGAAUCCUUCACAAUAGCUGGGCAUUCAUGUUUGAACAUAACCGAUAUAAAAGUCUCUAAAUAAGUGUGCCCAUCUAAGAAUGUUUGAAAUGCUAAUGUAGGCUUUCCAAAAUCUGAUAUUAAUUAAAGUACUUUAUAAUAUUUUUAGAGUCCAUGAAAUAAAAUGGACAAAGCAACCAAAAGCCAUUUUUGGAAACUGUCUUCUUGUACAUGCAACAACACUUUUGCAGGCUGUUUUAUACAAUAAUGAUUUAAACUGUAUUUAAGAAAAUCAAGGGACAAUGGGGCUGUCUGGCACUAACAUUAGUGCUAAUUUAUGUGACAACUAAUGUUGUUAAAAAUAUAUAUAUUGUUAUCACUGCAUUAUCCAUUGAUAUAGCAUUUCAUGUCACUUUCUUUUUGUUUGUAACGUUGACGUCAAGGUUCUGAUAGACUGAGGUUUUAUGUCAAGGAAACAACUUGCCUCUGAGUUUGUGUAAAUUGUUACAUUCAAAGCACCAGCCACCACCAAAUAUUACUUACUUGGUAGGUUUAUGGCACAUGGACAGUUUAUUGCUACUAAGUUGCAGAUACCUUCCCAUCCGCAAUAACCUUUCAUUAAACUUUAAUGUCAGUAUUAAUUCUAUUUAUUGCUAGUAUUAAUCUGUUGACUGACUGUAGACAUGUUGAAACUGACAUUGCUAUUAUAAGUGUAAAUUGUAAAAUAUAACAGAGCACAAAUAUAACAGAGCACAUUUAGUAAAGAAAUGCAACGUGCUAAUCAGGUGCAAAAUUUUCCUGCAGAAAGAUUUGAACCAGGCUGGUAUAUUGCAUACAAACAAUUGCAACUUUUGCCUGCAAGGGAAGGGGCAGUAUACAUGCACACUUACAUGCACUUUAAUUGCAUAUUAUUUUAGCGGUGCAAAUUCCUGAAUUCACCAUCUGCUCUGGGCAAGAGUUAAGUACAGGUACAGGACCUGUUAUCCAGAACCUGGGGUUCUCCGGAUAAGGGAUCUUUUUGUAUUUUGGAUCUCCAAGUCUGCUAAAAUUCAUUUAAAUAGUAAAUAAACCCAAUUGACUUGUUUUGCCUCCAAUAAGGAUGAAUUAUAUCUUUCUUGGGAUCAAGUACAAGGUACUGUUUUAUUAUUUGGAAAAAAAAGGAAAUCAUUUUUAAAAUAAGAAUUAAUUGCUUAUAAUGGAGUCUAUGGGAGAUGGCCUUUCCGUAAUUCGGAACUUUCUGGAUAACAGGUUUCCGGAUAAGGGAUCCCACACCUAUACAUGUAUCUCUUGCAUCAAAGCACCUUGCGUUUCAUACAUGGCAUUAGUGUCGACAAGUGCAUAAGUACACUGUGUAUGUUAUAUUACUGAAAGCAAUUCUGCACUCAUUUUAGCACCUAGCACCACAGUUAUCAAAUGUAAAUGAGCACUAUUGUCCUAAAAUGAAGCCAUCAAGACAUGCACAGACAGACAUUCAGCAUAUAAACAGAUCACUGGCAGUACAGCUUGCAGUUUAGGCAGGCAUAGAAUGUUUUGCAAACGGUUUGCAUAGGGUAAGGGCAUUUGAAAAUAAAAUAGCAGAUUAGGAAGUUGCAGCAUCUGGGAAACAUUGCUUUCAGCAUAUCCUGCGGGGUAGGGGUUAUUUAAACCAUAAUAUGCUCCUUGCUUAAUUGGUUAUGAGAAUACACAAUCCCAUUACAGUACUCCUCUUUUUGCUGCAAACUACAAACCUGCUGCUUGGCCAUUUGUGCCAGUAGUAUCCCUGUAGUGCCAGCACACCAAAUAUGCAAACUCUUAAUCUGUAUAAAAACAGUCAACAAUUCUUCAGAUUAAAAGCACAGAACAAACACAGAACAAACUUCACUUACAGGAAAGAGGCAAGUCAGUAUGUAGUAAAUUAGUUUAAAAAAAAGCAAAGUAAGAGACAAUAAAUAAUUCACUUUAAUCUCCAAAAACAUAAAUGUCCCAUUAUACUUAGCCAUUACAGAAUACUGGUUAUUAGUGAUGAACAAAAUUUUUUGACAGGCAUGGAUUUGCGGCAACUUUUUUAUGUUGCGCGUGUCAAAAAAAUAACACUCAUAAAAAAACUUGUGCCACGCGUUAUUUUUAUGAUGCACGCAACAAUUUUUUUUUCCGUGCAUCAUUUGUCAUAUUUCGUAGGUCUUUCACCAUUUCGCAAAUUUUUCCAGCAAAGUGAAAUGGGACAGUUUUCCCUCAUCACAAGUGGUUAUUUUUCUGUAAGGAUAAAUUAUGCAGAGCAGGGAUCCCGAACCAGUUUCUCGUGAGCAACAACCCCUUGUAUGUUGCACCCAGUGGCCACAAAGCAGGUGCUUAUUCCAAAUUCCUGGCUUGGAGGCAAGUUUUGUUUGCAUAAAUAGCCAAACAGCCAAUACUAGCUUUUGUUUGGUGUCCCUAGGAACUUUUUUAUGCUUGUGUUGUUCCCCAACUCUUUUUACAUUUAAAUGUGGCUCACGGGUAAAAAAAAAUUCUGAGAACCCCUGACCUAGAGAAACAGAUUGGCUGGGUAAUAGCUGCUCUGAGUGCUACCACUCCACUCUCCAGAAUGGAACUCAGCUGUUCAAAGAUAUCAGCCUUAUUCUAAAAGUAAUAGACCAGUUAAACUGACUGCUCAUUGGUUACCUAGGGAAAAUUUGGUUUUGUAUCAAAUUAGCCUAAAUUAACUGUCAAUGGACAAGUUGGGGACUUUUGUAUUUCUUAAUGACUGCAGCAUGAAAGGCUAUUCUGGAGAUAGUCAGCAUGUGAUAACUAACUAAAUUUGCCUUCAAGGUAUUGGCUGGCUGAGUGGAUGAAACAUUUCUUGUAAUUCAUCAGUAAUUUACUGAGGACAUAGGGUAUGUGCUAAUGAUAUUUACAUCCGUACAGUGCUCAUAACAUAACCAAUUAGUAGAACAAGAUCAUGUAGUGCCCGAAUGCAGGGAUAUUCUUUGGUGCUCUCUCAUAGUAUACAUUUGUCUAUGGAUUUAGGUACAACAAGUUACUGGGUUCCAAUGUUUCCUAGAAAUUAAUGAGAACUUCAGUAUAUUUAGUCUAAGCAUUUAAUGCCUCCCUAAAUUUUAUGGGACCCCAGUUUGACUGUCCCUGUUCCACCAAUGGUUACUCCAUCUCUGACAUAAUCAGAUUUAAUGCAUUCACAAUCAUGUAUUUGCUUAUAAUAUAUUUUGUUUACUCUACUUAACUUACUCUUAUUGCUUGGCUUCACUGACUGGUGAAGUGAUUAUUUGAAGCACAUAUGUAGGACUUAGUGGUGGACAUGAGGGUAACUAUUGCUGGUGUCCUGUGAGGUGCCUUAAUUAGGACAUUUUCAACAAAAAGUGUUCAAAGCACAUGGUUUCGUUGGAAAAAAAUGUUAUUUUAAGAGGUUAGAGGUUUUUUACAGAAAUCAACAGGAGUGCAAUGCACCUUUCCCAUAUAUAUACUACAAUAGGUGUACUGCAUCCCUUUUCAUUUUAAUGUCAAUUGCUGUAUAAUAGUUAUAUUUUGCAUAUUCAUUUGUUACUUGUCUGUUCAUAUCAUUCAUAUCUCGUGUAAAUAUAGAUUCUAAAAAUGUAUAUUUGUAUCAUAAAGAGACUCUCCUUGUUGUUGCAAUUGCUUUCAAUGUUUUCUUGCAUUGGCCUUUUGAUAAAACUGUUAAAAUGGUUUAAGAUGGACUGGUUGCCUGCUCAUACAGGACUGAAUGUAUGUACAUAUAAGAAACAUAUUUUGUCUGAGACAAAAAGGCUUAGUUCAACAUGUUAUAUAUAUAUACACCUGUGAUUUUUGGAUGGGAUAGGUUAAAAAAAAGUGUCUGUCUUCUGACCAGUUGUAUUCUAUAGGCCUGCUAAGCGCACUUAAAAAAAUCCCUAAUUUCAUUCAUAUAAGAUGUAGACGUAGAAUACCAAAAUAGCCAAAACUUUAUUUUCAUUGUUUCGCAGUUUUAAUCUUCUGAGUGAGGUUUACUAAGCACCAAAGCACUGUAUCACAGUCAGUGGCCAGGAUGCUUUUAUUUACUUAAUUGACAGUAGGCCUGCAUUGACUGUGAUAUCUGCAAGGCACUUAGCAAAUAGUGGCAGUUAAUCGGUAUUGUCUGUGACUCACACAUUACACUUCCUUUGAAAAAAAAAAUAAAUAAACUAUUGUGUAAUUUGAUGUUUGUUGAACUGGUAACAUCCUGUGUAACAGCGACGAUAUCUUUUGUUCAGUAACCUGUUUCAAAGAAUGUACACAAGUAUUAGUAUAAAUGUUCUUUAAAGUAUUUUCACUCUCUGUAAGAAGGUGUAUUUCUGUAAUAUUUACAAUGUAAAACAACAUGCCAUAUUUUAUUUAUACUCUGUAAUUAAAUUGUUCUUUAUUCGGACAGCAA